GGUUUCCGAAGGUUCAUCAGACAUUUCUCUAUCGAUUUUCAGGUGGCUUGCUUCCAACCUAAAUACUGCCUCCUAAAAACAAAUAUUUUCAGUCUUCCAUGGCCCUAUCUGGAUUUAGUGAUUUUGAUGAACUGUCAUCUUGUGAGACACUUUUGUAUCACAAUGGCCUAUCAGCGAUCAGUUUUACCCAUGUUUUUGAUAGGAAGAAAAUUGAUUCUUGCUUUCAGUCACUACAUACUUCAGACGUUCCAAGCAGCAAAACAUGCUCACCAGUUAUUAUAGACAGCGAAAAAAGUGUUUCGUCAAAUUCUAGACUUGUCCUCCCACCCAACAAGUCAAGUUUUCAUCUUAAUCAUGAGGACCGACCAAUGUUAGCGGAAUCUUUUUUAUCACCUGAUGCUCAUCCUGUGGCUGUUCGUAAACUCCGAGGUCGACGAAGACGUGGGAAGCAAAAUUUGUUGAAUUGUUCAUCCAUUUCACCACUUCGGUUAGAUCAAUCAGGAUUACUUCAAACGUCAAGUAUUGAAAGAUCAGUGAACGGAGAUGCGAGCACCGUUUCAGGGUGUUCUGUUUUGACAGUGGGUGAAUCUAAAGCUGUGUGCAUGUUGACGGCGAUGGAUCCGAAAUUGACGGAGGGUGAUGAAGAAGGAUCAGUGAACGGAGAUGCGAGCACCGUUUCAGGGUGUUCUGUUUUGACAGUGGGUGAAUCUAAAGCUGUGUGCAUGUUGACGGCGAUGGAUCCGAAAUUGACGGAGGGUGAUGAAGAAGGAUCAGUGAACGGAGAUGCGAGCACCGUUUCAGGGUGUUCUGUUUUGACAGUGGGUGAAUCUAAAGCUGUGUGCAUGUUGACGGCGAUGGAUCCGAAAUUGACGGAGGGUGAUGAAGAAGGAUCAGUGAACGGAGAUGCGAGCACCGUUUCAGGGUGUUCUGUUUUGACAGUGGGUGAAUCUAAAGCUGUGUGCAUGUUGACGGCGAUGGAUCCGAAAUUGACGGAGGGUGAUGAAGAAGGAUCAGUGAACGGAGAUGCGAGCACCGUUUCAGAGUGUUCUGUUUUGACAGUGGGUGAAUCUAAAGCUGUGUGCAUGUUGACGGCGAUGGAUCCGAAAUUGACGGAGGGUGAUGAAGAAGGAUCAGUGAACGGAGAUGCGAGCACCGUUUCAGGGUGUUCUGUUUUGACAGUGGGUGAAUCUAAAGCUGUGUGCAUGUUGACGGCGAUGGAUCCGAAAUUGACGGAGGGUGAUGAAGAAGGAUCAGUGAACGGAGAUGCGAGCACCGUUUCAGGGUGUUCUGUUUUGACAGUGGGUGAAUCUAAAGCUGUGUGCAUGUUGACGGCGAUGGAUCCGAAAUUGACGGAGGGUGAUGAAGAAGGAUCAGUGAACGGAGAUGCGAGCACCGUUUCAGGGUGUUCUGUUUUGACAGUGGGUGAAUCUAAAGCUGUGUGCAUGUUGACGGCGAUGGAUCCGAAAUUGACGGAGGGUGAUGAAGAAGGAUCAGUGAACGGAGAUGCGAGCACCGUUUCAGGGUGUUCUGUUUUGACAGUGGGUGAAUCUAAAGCUGUGUGCAUGUUGACGGCGAUGGAUCCGAAAUUGACGGAGGGUGAUGAAGAAGGAUCAGUGAACGGAGAUGCGAGCACCGUUUCAGGGUGUUCUGUUUUGACAGUGGGUGAAUCUAAAGCUGUGUGCAUGUUGACGGCGAUGGAUCCGAAAUUGACGGAGGGUGAUGAAGAAGGAUCAGUGAACGGAGAUGCGAGCACCGUUUCAGGGUGUUCUGUUUUGACAGUGGGUGAAUCUAAAGCUGUGUGCGUGUUGACGGCGAUGGAUCCGAAAUUUAUUGACUGUGGUCCAUCGUUUUCUGAAAAUAAGACGGUAAAUUUUAAUCUUCCUUCUCUUCCUAUAAAUGUUACUGCUUUAUCCAGUACCUUUCCACAAUCUAUAUCGACUGUACAACAACUGUGCUCUGUAAAGGGUACUACGAGUGAAAAGCGUCGUCUUCUUGGGGAACAAGAUAGGAUUUCUGCCUUAAUAUCAUUAAAUGAAUUCGAGGACGAUUAUAAAUCAGAAGCGCAUCGAAUUUCAAGUAAAACUCGACUGAGUCAACUGACAUAUUCUCGUGCUUCAAGUGAUAGUAAAUUGUAUCCGGAGACUGUGGAUUCUGUUUUACCCUUAAUCAAACCAGUUAGCAUAGUCAUCACAGAUUGUUUCCUUGAAUCAGAAGAAGAUGAUAUUGUUGAUUCCGGGCCAUUAGUGAAGAAGCGUCGAAAAAAUAGUGUUGUUUUAGAUGAAGAGAAGAAUGUUUCGAGAGAUAAUAGCGAGAUGUUGAAGCUACCAGUGUCCUCUCUCCAGGCAUUGUCACCGAUCCCUUACCGUUAUGAAGAUGAUGUUGCGAUUCCAGACGGUGUGUCUUCUUCUUUGGUUUGGAAUAAUGAUCUUCAGAAUUCUUCACGAAGUUUAUCAAAUUUGCCUAUCAUACCUAAAGGUCGUCCGAGUGUGACAUUCGCACCAAUCGUAGUAUAUUUUGAUAGUCCAGAUAAUUCUCAACCCAGAGUAUCUGUUGGUCCGAUUGCUCAUGAGGAAAGUGAUCUUGCUCAUUUUGAUUGCGAACUGUCGGAAAAGCUAAUUCAUCAAGAAGGUUCCUUGACUCAGAGUGAAAAUAAAGAGAAUAUUGGAUCCUUUUUUGAAUCGACUGCGUUAUCUAGCACUCAAGACUCGAAGUAUCCAUCUCCAUCCACUUCCUCGUUAUCGUUAUCAAGAAUUAAACUUCCAUGGUGUACUCCAUACGAUUGCCAGUUUUUACCAUUCAAAUCAAAACGACCUCCUACUAAAAGUUUUAUACAAAGUGAUGGCCAUUUAAGACGUAGUAAACGACUACGUGUACCAGCUACACAUGAUAGGAAUAAAGUAGUUGUUUAUGAACCGGAUAAAGAUGAAUAUGGUUUAGUUUAUCAAAAACCAAUUGGAUUAGCUAUAUUACCUGACUCAGAUGAAAUUAACAGACGUCAAAAAUUUCUCAAUCGUUUAAAACGUUGUCAAAAUAAUCGUACUCAGUUUUUAAGAAAUGAAAAAAUCAAUCGAGCAAAACGCCUUCAAAAACUGGCCAAACGUUACAGAUCACUGAAAGGUGCACAGAAACCUGAAACAGAUCCAUGUAUGCGAAUUCAAUUGGAUCCAGAUGUUGAAUGGAUAUCACAUACAGAAACACAGUUGCCUAUCGGGAUCAAUGAUGCAUCUCCUUUCCAACAGGUGAUAUAUCCAGAAAAUGCGCAAUUUCCUCCAUUCAAAUUUUCUACUAUGGAAUACUCGAGUUACGUAGUUCCAGCUUUAUCUGGUGCUUUUCCAAGUAGAACUAAGACUCGUAUACCUUGUUUUGAAAUGAAUGCAAAUCUUACGAGGAUUGUCAGUAAGGAACAAGAAAGACGUCAACUUCAUUAUGAUCCGAACGCUAUAAAUGUAUUCAAAAUGAUGUCAAGUCCUCCUGUUCUUAUGAAUAAUAACAGUUCUUACAGUCUUUAUGCUGUACAGAUUGCGAAAUUCGCCAUUCCUUUAACAAAACCUUGUAUCGUAUAUAUUCCAAAAGGUAUACCGUACAAAUUUUUAAAUGCAACAAAAGAGAACUUAGAUCUUUGUCGAAUAAGAUAUGUUUUAACUUGAUUCUUUUCUUCUAAAUAAUUUUAUGUAAUUUUAUCCGCUUCACUUCUGUCGUAUAUAUCUAAAUAUACACUUUUAUAUCAAUUGUCAUUACUUUGAUUUCUCUUGAAUAAAUAUAUUUAAAUGUAGUAACUUAACUUUACUAUUGCUUCA